CUCUUUCCCUUCUCUCUCUCUCUCUCUCUCUCUCCCCUAGUUUUCAUUUUAGGUAGAAUCUCUUCCCUAGUUACAAUGGAUUCAAGCAGUGCAGAAGUAGCCUUUGAUUUCAGUCCCUUUAUUCGGAUCUAUAAGGAUGGCCACGUUGAGAGGCUCGUAGGAACUGAAACUGUCUCCGCCACUACACUCGAUCCCCAAACCGGUAUCUCCUCCAAGGACGUCGUGAUUCAACCGGAAAUUGGCAUCUCCGCACGGCUUUUCAUCCCCAAGAUCACCGAUCCUUCUGACCGGAAACUUCCACUCCUUGUCUACAUCCACGGCGGAGCCUUCUGUGUCGAGACCCCCUUUUCCCCUACGUACGACAGUUACGUAUCAUCUUUAGUGGCCGAGGCUAACGUGGUCGCAGUGUCUGUCCACUACAGGAGAGCCCCCGAACAUCUUUUACCUAUUGCCUACGAUGAUUCGUGGGCUGCACUUCAAUGGGUCGCUUCUCAUUCCAAGGGAGAAGGCCCCGAAGCGUGGUUGAACGAGUACGCCGAUCUGAGCAGAGUUUCCAUAGUUGGAGAUAGCGCCGGAGGCAACAUUGCCCAUAAUAUGGCUUUGCGGGCGGCUGAGACACCAUUGGAAGGGGUAAGAUUUGUUGGGUUGGGUUUAAUCCAUCCUUAUUUCCAUGGAGAAGAACCAAUGGGUCCUAAUGCAAGUGAAGAGGAGAGGAAGGCUAAGGCGGGUAAGCUGUGGGUGGUGCUUUGUCCGACCACCAGUGGUUGCGACGAUCCACUGAUAAAUCCGGCGAGUUGUCCCAACCUUGAUAAGCUAGCGUGCAAGAGGGUGUUGGUGUGCGUUGCAGAGAAAGAUACGUUGAAAGAUGGGGGUUUGUUGUACCAUAAAACUUUAGGAAAGAGUGGGUGGGCAGGAGAGCUGGAGGAUUUGAUGGAGGCAGAAGGGGAGGAACAUGUGUUCCAUCUCCACAAGCCCACCAGCGACAAGGCUGUUGCCAUUAAGUCCCGCUUGGCUUCCUUGCUCAAUCACAACUGACGCCUCUC